CGAUUCUCUUUGGCUCUGGCAGCCUUGUUUUUCUUCUUAUAUAUACGCUUAACACUAUUUGUCGGUUUCUCUUUAUCGAUUCCUCGAUUCCUCAACGAAUAUUCGCUUGACGCUGAGACUAUUCGGGAACACAUCAGCUGGCAACACCUUCCUUCCACUUAAAAAACAUCGAAUUGUCCACCGCCCGUCCUAAUUACCAGCGAAGAUGCGUUCCACUAUCCUGCUCACCAUAUUGGCCCUCACUCUCUCUAUCUCUGCUACUCCUUACGCCCAGCGACCAGCUCGUAGUCCUAUCAGACGUCCCUGGCCAUUCCCUCCACGCCAGACUAAUGUCAGCACCGGUGGAUCAUGCGACUUGAGCACCACUGCGCAGCCUGCCAACACUCUUCCCGCUGUCUCUUCGGGUCUGCAACUCGCUCUUAUCGCUGCAGGCACCGGCACACAAAACUACACGUGCGCCAAUAGCUCAUCGGCUACAGUGCCUGUCGCGAUUGGCGCAGUUGCAUCUCUCACCAACGCUUCAUGUGCUGUCGCCAGUGGGAAUUUGGGCAGUAUCAACGAAGACGCAGCUGCGAUUGGCAUGCACUUCUUCGUCGAUAGCACCACUCCGGACUUCGACGUCAUCGGCCUGGGAAACACGGAGCUCAAGAAGAAUGCUGCUAUGACAGCACCGGCCGAGGCAGAUGGUACCGUCGACGUACCAUGGCUGAAGCUUGUGGCUCAGACAGCAGGGACUACCGGUGCGGUCAAGGAAGUCUACCGGCUCGUUACCAAGGGUGGCACGGCGCCUGCGACGUGUGAGGGACAAGACCCAGCCGCGGUGGUUCAAGUGGCUUACCAAGCUCAGUACUGGUUCUAUGUCUCUACGGAGGAGGUCGCAGCUAGACACAAGAGAGCUGCCAUCAAAGCCAGGGGAAACUAAGUGACGAUGAGAGACUAUUGAGGGAAGCAUUAAGGUCGAAAUGCUACGUUCAUCGAAAAUGUUUAAAGAGGUUGAUGUCUGUCGGAAGUGGUUGUUCCUUGUAUAAUCAGUACUCAGUCGUAUGUUUCGUUUUGCAAAUCGGUUCGAG